AUUGUGGGGGGAAAAUCCGCUUACUUAUUAGAGCAGACUGCGUCUACAUAAACCUAUACAUCUCACUGCACUUCGAGAGUUUUUUAAGCUUUAGAUACUAGACCAUAAGACGUCCUAAUACUUUCACGCAGUUAAGCUCGCAUGGAGAAUUUUUCUGUAACGAAAGAAUAUUGCAUUCAGACCCGGGGCUGCAUAAAAGUCUUUUAAUACUACUACUUCUUAUCUACUACUUCUCUUCUUAAGGUGUUGAAGCUUCGAAAUCGAUGACAAAAUGACGCUCAACUUGUCCAGCUUCAAUGAAACUUGGGGUUCUGGUUCCCAGCUACUGAAGGACCCCUACAAGAUGAUGGAGGUUAUAUUCAUUGUCCUGGUUGCUGGAUCUCUUAGCCUGGUCACCAUAAUUGGGAACAUCCUAGUCAUGCUAUCUAUUAAAGUUAACAGGAACCUGCAGACUGUCAACAACUACUUUCUCUUUAGUCUGGCGUGUGCAGACCUGAUCAUUGGCCUUUGCUCCAUGAACCUGUACACAGUUUACAUUGUGAUUGGAUACUGGCCGAUGGGGCCGGUAGUGUGUGAUCUGUGGCUAGCCCUGGACUACGUUGUAAGUAACGCCUCAGUCAUGAAUCUCCUUAUCAUUAGUUUUGAUAGAUAUUUCUGUGUCACCAAGCCACUCAGCUAUCCAAUCAAAAGGACAACCAAAAUGGCAGGCAUGAUGAUUGCGGGAGCCUGGGUCUUGUCUUUCAUCUUGUGGGCUCCAGCCAUACUUUUCUGGCAGUUUAUCGUUGGGGUUCGCACCGUGCCUGAGAAGGAGUGCUACAUCCAGUUCUUCUCAAAUGCCGCAGUCACCUUCGGCACUGCCAUCGCCGCCUUCUAUUUGCCUGUCAUCAUUAUGACGUUCCUGUACUGGCAGGUCUCCCGGGCCAGCAGGAGCCGUGUGCAGAAGGACAAACAGAUGCGUUCGGAGGUUCUUCAGAAGGCUCUUCACAAAAAACAGACACAAAGUCACAGCAAUAAACCUAACGACAACAAACUAAAAGCUGAGAACACUGACAAAAACCAGACACUGAGCACAGAAAAAGAGAACAGUGGACACAAUCUGAAGCUCCCCAAUGGCAAUGGAACAUUCACAAUUGGCAGAGAGGAGCUUAUUGCAGACACAGAAAUGGAUGGCUGUACCCCAGGAGAGGAAAGGGAGAGCUCUAAUGAUUCUACGUCCAUUAGUCACAUUGCCUCUAACCUUAAAUAUGAAGAUGUAGCUCUGUCGAGGAGAACCUCUAAGGUUAAUCCCAGCCCUCUACCUUCCUAUCUGUUGGAUUCAAAUAGUAGCAGGUCUAAAGUUUUUAACAAGGAUGGCAACUGCACGAUCACCAGUGCCAGAGUAGAGAUUGUCCCUGAAGUGGAACAGCAGAGCCAUACGACCCAAAAUAUAGCGAAGAACCCCAUAAAUUCACCCAAAAAGAAGAAGAUGACAUCAUCGCGGGAGAAGAAGGUCACACGGACAAUCAUGGCUAUCCUCGUGGCAUUUGUGGUCACCUGGACGCCCUACAAUGUCAUGGUGCUCAUCAACACGUUCUGCUCCAGCUGCAUCCCCAUCACUAUGUGGACUAUUGGCUAUUGGCUUUGCUAUAUUAACAGCACAGUAAACCCCGCCUGCUAUGCCCUCUGCAAUGUCACAUUCAAAAAGACCUUCAAACACCUCCUCCUCUGUCAAUACAAGAACAGUAGAUCCGCUAGAUGAGCAAAACCUUGGUUUUUAAUGUGAGUCUGGCAAUGUAGGAGUAGCUGGGGAUGAAAGGAAUUGAAUGAAAAAGAAGGAAAUUAAGACAUUGUCUGGCAGCUGUCCGAUAAGACAAAAUAUGAAAAUAUGACCACAUAACUGCACUCAGAUACACCUUAAUACCAUACAGAACUAAGUCAGAGAAACAGUGAAUUCUAAAUGUAUAUGUAAAUAGAUUCAACAAAAGAUAAAUGCAAGCAGUAAUCUUCAGAAAUCUAAAAGCCCUGGAAUUAAAAAUUUGCAUUUAAAAGGAAGUAGAGAGAGACAUUCACACAACAUAGAUUAACAUAGAUACUAACACACAGUUGUAUGCAUGGACAACAAGCAGAACUGUCACAGGGAAUGCGAACACUUUAAAGUGUCAAUGUGUAGUUGCACGUUUGUUGCACCCACGUGCAAGUCUCCACGCAUGAGAAGACAUCUUGGAGAAGCAUAUCGCGAGGGAUUAAGCAAAGAGACAGAGGCACCAGUGCCAAUAUGAGGAGUAACAGGGAAAAGGACAGAAAAGUAGUAACACUGUGAAAUUAACACUACACCGAAAAGUAUCAGAUUUCAGAGUGACAUGAACUGCUCCAUUAGCAAUGCUGUAAGAGUUAAAUAAUUAAGACAAUAUAUUAUAUCUGAUCGCCUUAUGCUUUUAAGGUGAGAAAGAGAGGACACCUAUGAAUCUGUCCUGUGAUGAGAGUCAGUCAAUAAUAAUACAGCUACUGUGAAGGAGCUGCACAGAAUCUGCAGUGACGAGUGGGAUACUAACUGGUGGCCAGGGAAUGCAGACUAAUGCUAAAGACACAGCUGUCCCAGUUACAGGGCAGAGGUGGGGAGAAGCCAGGACAAAUAAAGGAUUCUGGGAAGAAAAGUCAGUUCAUCUGUUUUCUGUGUCGAACUGGCUGUCUGUUUCUACCUUGUGUGUGAAAUGCUAAUUAUUAUCAAGCCAUUGUGAUGCAGCUGAACAGGUCUGUCUGUGAGAAGGAUAUUAGAUAAAAAUAGAAUUCCGCACUGCAAAUUCAGAUAAAUCCGAUCUAAAUCUUAAAGUGUUCUUACAAGAAAAAAGGCAAAUUAAGUGAAAAUGCAAUCAAAGUGUGUACAUACUGUACAGAUAAUAUAUAUAUAUCAGUAUUUAAUGUUACUGGGAAGUUGUUUCUUAGGUUCUUUCCAUGUCAUGGAAAUGUGAUCAUGUCCUUUCUACUUACUGUAAUGCCUGCUAACUACUUUCUACUUACUGUAAUGCUUUUUCUUCAUUAUUUGGAAUAUACAGUAGACACGUAGAUACUCAGGCAUGUGUUUGAAAGUAUUUUUCACUUGUUAUUGAUAACGUUUUGUUGUACAGAAUUCUGUAAUUCAUUAAUUUUUUUCCAAAAAAAACAAACAUUUGUGACAUUCAGUGUUGGUAUGACAUCCCAUUCGAAAUCUAUAGACAUCAAUGCCAUGUACAGUAUGUUAUUGACCAGUCCAUCAGCCUAGUUCGAUGUUAACAAUUGGCUUAUGGGGCAUAUCAACUUAGAAUGAGCGAACAUAUUGUAUACAGCUGCACAUCUAGUACAGAGAGAAAAUGUAAAGAGCAUUAUAUUACAUAUACACAUAUUAAGUAUGGUGCCUCAAAGUGAGCAUUAGCAAUGGGAUCAAUCAACAGAAAUGAUCCUUCCAUCAAUCUAGACAAUACACUACAUGGACAAAAGUAUUAGCACACCUGGCCAUUACAUGUAGAGGGACCUCUACUUCAUCCUAUUCUAAAUCCUUAGGCAUCGAUAUGGAGUCGGUCCCCCCUUUGCUCUUAUAGCAGCUGCCACUCUUCUGUGAAGGCUUUCCACAAGUUUAUGGAGUGCGUCUCUGGGAAUUUGUGCCCAUUCAUCCAGAAGAGCAUUCGUGAGGUCAGUCGCUGAUGUUGGGCAUGAAGGCCUGACUCGCAAUCUCUCUUCUAGUUCGUCCCAAAGGUGUUUGAUGGGGUUGAGGUCAGGGCUCUGUGUGGGCCAGUCAAGAUCUUCCACACCAAACUAACCCAACCAUGUCUUUAUGGAUCUUGCUUUGUGCAGUGGGGCACAGUCAUGCUGGAACAGAAAAGGGCUCUUCCCCAAACUGUUCACACAAAGUAGAAGCACUUUUAUAUGCAGUAAUUUGUAAAGUAAUUCAAUUACUUUUGAAUGAAGUAACUAGUAAUUGUAACGUUAACGCUUUACUUGACAGGGUACAAAUGAUACAGUAUUAUGCCAUUGCUUAUGUAUUAAUUAACCACAAGCUAAGUCUUAGUUACAUACUGAUCUCAUGUUAAUUCAUCAUUAAUGAAUUGUGACGCAUGUUUUAUCUCAAGCAGUUACUAUAUUUGUUACUA